ACAUAUGUAUAUGCAACAAUAUUUGCGGAUCUUUGUUUAUAAUAGUUAUGGAUUUUAUGGUGGUAAAUAAAGAGCAAUCCGUACGCGUUUUCAAUUCGCCAAUAAAUAGACAUCAAAAAUAAUAUCUCGAAAGCUGUUAUUCCAAGGUUUUCUGGACUAUAAAUCCGAUUCAUAAUAUAAUGUCAGAUGGAUCACCGCCCCCGUCGAUUUGUUUUAUACGUGCCGCCGAAUCUUAUCCAAAAACGCAAAUGGAGAAGGAAGACUCACAGCUGUUUGUACCAUUUCAAGAACUUGCCGGCGAGUCCAUUAAAUACUUAGGACGAACCGAUGAUGGGGUACUCGCCUUGUCCAAUUAUCGCAUAUUUCUAUCAAAAGAGUCAACUGCAUUUGAGACAUAUGUGCCACUAGGCCUCAUCGAAUCGGUCCAAGUUCGUGAUCUAUUCCAAUUGUUUGUCAAUUGCAAGGAUGCCAGCACAGUCAGAUGCUCAUUUCAGUCGGCUGAGCAAUGCUCUGAAUGGCAACGACGCAUUCAAUUGCUAAUCGGUGUACCUGAGACGCUUGAAACGCUAUUCGCUUUCCCAUUCUACUCCUGGACCUGUGACCAUCAAAUUGGCCAAGCGAACGGCGUUAGCGGUACCAAAGUAGAACGUGCCGCCUCGCUAACAAAUGGCAGUUGCACGCAUUCAAAAUCUUCGGCCAACAUUGAGAAUGAGUCGUUUAGUGCAAGUAAUCGCUUACAGCGGGCCACACGAUAUGAUACGGAUUUCAAGAAUGAGGUAUCCCGUUUGGGUUUCGAUUUGAAGGGCUCGUGGCGUAUAUCAACGGCGAAUGCUGAUUUCAAAUUGUGUCCAUCGUAUCCACAAAAGUUAUUAGUUCCUUGCUGCAUUACCGAUGAGAUGCUGCACAAUGUGGCCAAUUUUCGUGGAUCACGACGCCUGCCGGCUGUGGUCUGGCGUCAUCAGAAAUCGGGUGCUAUACUGGCACGUUGCAGUCAACCGGAAGUUGGCUGGCUGGGAUGGCGAAAUACCAAAGAUGAGCAAUUGCUCAAAGCUUUGGCCGAUGCGUGUGCAUUUGAUAGAGGAGAACAUGCAAGGCGUUCAUCUGCCACCGCCACCGCCACAGCCUCCGCCUCUGCUUCUGCUUCUGCCGCUGCUAUGCAGCAACAACAACAACAAACAAAAUCUUCAAAAGAUACAAAUGGCCAAUCGAGCUCAUCGGGCAAAAGUUCACCAUCAUUGGAAGAUUCGUCACAUGAAGAGCUGGCAUUGGAUGAAAUAAGGAAAAUUCUUAUAGUCGAUGCGCGAAGCUACACAUCGGCGGUUACAAAUCGGGCUCGAGGCGGGGGUUGUGAAUGCAUUGAAUACUAUCCAUGUGCCGAAAUAGAAUUUAUGAAUUUGGGAAAUAUACAUGCUAUACGAAAAAGUUUUCAUGCUGUACGACAAUUGUGCGCAUCAUCACCCGAUGAUCCAAAUUGGUUUGGGCAAUUGGAGAAAACCAUGUGGAUGCAGCAUCUAUCUGGCUUAUUGGGCGCAACCAUGACAGUAGUUCACACCAUUGAGAAGAAUGGCCGACCCGUACUGGUGCAUUGCUCGGAUGGAUGGGAUCGAACGCCACAAAUAGUGGCAACAGCGCAACUCUGCCUGGAUCCGUAUUAUAGAACAGUUGAGGGUUUCCGUGUACUGGUUGAGCGUGAGUGGUUAAACUUUGGUCACAAAUUUGCCGAUCGCUCUGGCAAUGGGCCGCAUUCAGAUGAAGUAAACGAACGAUGUCCCGUAUUCCUGCAAUGGUUAGAUUUGGUACAUCAAAUACAUAGACAAUAUCCGUGCAGUUUUGAAUUCAGCAUUGGCUAUUUGAUUAAGCUGGCACAGCACUCACUGUCAUGUCUGUUUGGCACGUUCCUAUGUAAUUCGCUGAGAGAACGAAUUGAGAGUUCCGUUUUUGACCGCACAUUUUCUGUAUGGCCAUUUUUAGCGGAAACUAUGUAUAGAAAUCCACUCUAUAAGCAUGAGACUGAAAAGGUUCUUUGGCCAGCGCACAGUGUGCGAUUUUUAUAUUUUUGGUCUGAUCUAUACCUUGGUAGUUUAGGUAAUAAAAAUGGUACUGAUCUUCCAUUACAAAGUAAUGAGAGGCAAAAUCCACACAAUGGAUCGUCAAUGACUAAAACACGAUCAUCUGAAGACAUCACAACAAGUGAAUUGGGACAGAGCACUUUUUCGAGAAGAUCAAGUGAUCCAAAUUUGGCCGUUGAAUCUAUUGUUUCAGACAGUCUAAAUGUGAACAGUAACUCAAUGUUUGAUAUACGAUCUAGAUCUGGAUCUGAGGCAAACAAUGGUGUCUAUGAUAGAGAUGUCGUGGAUAACAAAAGCGAUGCGAGGCAUCCUGCGGAACGAAAUAAUGUGGACAAUGAUAAUUGCGCUACCAAUAUUACCUCAGAGUUUUAUAAUAAUGACCAAAGUACCAAAGCUUCUAGCCAUGAUGAUAUAUUAUUAUUUGAAGCAACAUCACAAUCAAUAAGCCAAGAGUUGGCCAACAGUUUGCAACAAAUGGAUUCAGUUUCCCAAACUCCAGGACCACAAUCACAACCACAACCAUCAAUCGACUCAAGUGAAAUGAUGCCGAGCAGCGAGACGGCGAUGGCUGCAGAUCAUGGUCCUUCUUCUUCUUUUAACAAACAACAAACAACAAGUGAUAUAAGCCAUUCCCUAUGGCAUGGCCCAAUUGAUACUAGCACAGAUACCUUAAUUCCUAUAGAACCCAUGCAAAAUGUACGAAUUGGCAACCAAUCUGAGAAUGAUGAUGAUGACGAUGAUAUCGUUGAUGCAAAAGAGACAAAGACAAAGAGUUCAACGGAAACAGAGUGCAAUUCCACAAUUUCAACAAUUGUCCAGCAAACCAAUAAAAUGGUUGAUCAAAGUUACAACAAUUUGCCGAGAGUUCAUGUGAAGCCCAAUAAUCUGCGAUAUUUACAAAAAAGUCUUGCAAGUGACCAUUUGCUAGACCAUUUGGAUCUUCAUGUAACCAGAGAGAGCAGCAAUGAUGCGGAUGAUGAUGAACAUUCAGCUAAAACUGCAAAUGUCAGUGCAGUGAAUGGAGCAGGAAGAACGAAUACAAAUGGAACGGGUACAAACGAUGGUAAUUCUUCUUCUGUUGAUGAGCGCAUUUGUCUCUCGCCCGAACUUCACAGAUUGAAUAGUCAAUCUCAAAAUAUAUUCUCACCAUUCGAAAUGCCAAUGCCUAGCAAUGGCAAUCGAGUGCGUAGGAACACAUUUGGUUCCAGUCAUAGCAGAGAUUUAGCCCACUUAAAAUACACAGAAAAUAGCAGUACAAAUCAUCAUUUUCCAUCGCCGGGAGUUAUAUCAUUGCCACCCACUCCACAAGGUUUUCAGGAACGAACGCAAUUUACGAUAUCCUGUCCGGAUGGUUUGGCUCAUGGUUUGAGUGAACAAAAUAUUCGACUUCAUCAAAUUGUACAAGAACACAAGCUACGCGAAGAGAUCCUCCUGCGUGAAAUUCAUGGCAUGCGAAUUGCAUUACUGCAGAAAGGAUGUCCAAGUUGCAAUAGCGUUGUAUCGGCAAAUGUGGAACAUGAAAAUGGAUCUGAUAUCGUUGAAAAUGCAUCGACAUGUUCUUGGGAAGCUGUAGAAGAGCGUAGUGGUCCCUCAUCGUAUGCUCCUUCCUCAAUACAAGAGAAAAAAGUUUCCAGUGUCCUUUGGGUACCAGAUCAUGCAGUUUCACGUUGCUCAAAUUGUCAAAUUGAAUUCUGGCUUGGACGAAGAAAACAUCAUUGUCGAUCAUGUGGAGAAAUUUUCUGUGCUGACUGUUCCGAGUAUUGGGCUCCGUUGCCAUAUGAGAAGCUUUUUAAUCCAGUCCGACUCUGUGGCUCCUGUUAUACGGCAGUGACAACAGCAACUGCAGCAGCAACAACAACCACAACAACAACAACAAUAGGAACAUCCACUCAUGUACAAGAUUAUCCAGCUAAUUCAGCCGACCAAAUUAUAUCGACUGAUCAUGAUACAGCAAAGCCUUCUGCAAAUUCCUAAGAGUUUUUAUUUUCCUUUAGCUCUAGGAUUUUGACAAGAUUGUAACAAAUAUGUACAUAUAUAAUAUAUCUAUAUAUAUAUAUAUGUAUAGAUAUAUAUAUACUCAAAUAUUUAUUGCAUAUGUGUUAACACUAUAAUAGCAAAAAAUUCAUUUUUCUGUGUAUGUGUGUGUAUAGUAAAAAAGAAAAACACGAAAUUAUACCUUUUUGUUAGAAACAUAUUUAUACAUACAUACAUAUGCACAUCUAUAUGUAUGUACAUAUGUUUGUGUGUGUGUAUACAUUUUGUCAUGUUACUGCUUUGGCAUAGCAAGAAAAUUACGUUUUUAUAAAAUUUUACUUCAGUCAGAUCCUCCCUAUCCCCCGAUAAAAUCGAGUGGUGUUUUCCCAUAUUGAUAACGAUUUAUGGACAGACAUUUGUACGUUUUUUCAAACAUGUUUACCGCAGUCAUGGGAUUCUUUGGCCUAGAAAUUCAUAACUUCUUAAUAUGGUCACGCCCAUCGAGAAAGCAGCGAUCGAUCAUCCGUCCUCCCUCCUAUGAUGCAAUGCACCAAUGAAUUGGAUGUACUUAUAGAAUGUUUCAUGAUUCGCGCUUCGUAAUUCUGUUUAGAAUUUUUAAUACUUUUGAAAUAAAAGAAAAAAAAAUAAAAAUCCACAAAGUUUUUGCUAUGUCAAAAGAAGUCACUUGAAAAAUUUCUAAUCUAUAUAUACAAAAAUAUGAAGAUAAUAUAUA